CUCAUUCCCUUAAAUGACACAAGAUAUCUUCAGUCUAGUAGAAAAAGAAUUUUUACUAUCCAAAGAGCAACUUAAGCCUAUCAUCGAAGGGUUUAUUCAAGAAUACAAGACUGGCCUUAAAACACCCUCAAAAGGUCUGGCCACCAUGAUUCCCUCAUUUGUAACCAAGAUGCCAAUGGGCAAUGAAACUGGAACUUUUCUUUCUCUUGACUUGGGUGGCACUAAUUUACGUAUAGCUGCAGUUGAACUCAGAGGUGCUGGCAAGACAGCAGUUCAUGAACUCAAGCGUUGUCCCUCUACUGAACUCAAGACAGGCGAAGGCUCAGUCUUUUUUGACUGGAUUGCAGAUGCCAUUCAAGAGCUCAUCACUGUAGAAGCUAGACAUUUGUUUUCUACAGCUCAAGUAGAAGGCAAAGAAACGUUAUCCUUGGGUGUCUGUUGGAGCUUUCCUGUAGAUCAGACAGCUGUCGAUCAUGGUACUAUUCUCAGAAUGGGAAAGGGAUUCACAUUGAAAAAUACAGAAGGCAACGAUCUUGCUGCCAUGUUUCAUGAGGCUUUUCAGAGAAAGAAUCUCAACGUAAAGGUGACUGCUAUACUAAAUGAUACAGUUGGUACGCUGGUUGCACAUGCGUAUAAAAAUCCUGCAUGUCGUAUUGGUCUUAUUUUCGCAACUGGUAUUAACGCAGCAUACCCUGAAAAAGUACCUGCUAUUACCAAAUUAAACCCAGAUAUCCGAAGGAGAUAUCCACCCGGUACAGAAAUGUUGAUCAACACAGAGAUUGACAUCUUUGGUACAGAAGCUUAUUUACCCUUGACCAAGUACGAUCUCACACUUGAUCGCUCUCACAAUCAACCUAAAUUCCAACUUUAUGAAAAAAUGCUCUCUGGCGCUUAUAUGGGUGAGCUGACUCGUUUGAUCGCCAUGGACUUUAUUCAAGCAGGUGCUUUAUUUGGUGGCGAAGUGCCCGAAGGAUUUGAUCGACCAUGGUCAUUCCCCACAAAGUACAUGAGCAUAUUGGAAAAUGAUGAAACAGAGGCCAAAGAGGCUAGCUUCGACAUGCUAAGCCAGUUUCCAAGCAAACAUGGUAAGCCAACAAUGGAAGACAUAACUACCUUGACUCGCAUUUGUCGUAUUGUCGCUUCCCGAUCUGCUUCAUUAGCCGCUGUGGCCAUCAUUUCUUUAUUGGAGCAACAAGAACUGAUGGAUCAAGAAAAUGUUAUUAUCGGAAUCAAUGGUUCAACCUAUGAAUUUUAUCCCCACAUGGAUAAGCGUGUCAGACGGGCUUUGGAUGAGUGGUAUGGACCAGAAGUCAGUAGUAAGAUCACACUAGAAGUUGCAUCUGAAGGGGGUAGCGUGGGUGGUGCAUUGAUUGCCAUGUUGUGUGAAUAAUGUAUAUGUAAUUCUGUUUCUUUCGCGUUUGUUUAUAAAGUCAUGGUACGCAAUGUGUAUUUAAAGUC